AGUGGUUGUUGCCGGAGAAACCCUAGAUUUCAAUUCGCAAGACCUUGAUUUUGUUCGACAAACCCAAGAAGAAUCGAUGGGUAAGAACGAUUUUCUAACCCCGAAGGCAAUUGCGAAUCGAAUCAAAGCCAAAGGACUUCAAAAGCUUCGAUGGUAUUGUCAGAUGUGUCAGAAACAAUGCCGAGACGAGAAUGGAUUCAAGUGUCAUUGUAUGAGCGAAUCUCACCAGAGGCAGAUGCAAGUCUUUGGCCAGAAUCCGACUCGUGUUGUUGAUGGUUACUCCGAAGAGUUCGAGCAGACGUUUCUCGAUCUGAUGCGGCGGAGCCACCGCUUCUCUCGUAUCGCCGCCACUGUUGUUUACAACGAGUAUAUCAACGAUAGACAUCAUGUUCAUAUGAAUUCUACGGAGUGGGCGACGUUGACGGAGUUCAUAAAGCAUCUUGGGAAAACUGGUAAGUGUAAGGUUGAGGAAACUCCUAAAGGUUGGUUUAUUACUUAUAUAGAUAGAGAUUCUGAGACUUUGUUUAAGGAGAGGUUGAAGAACAAGAGAGUUAAGAGUGAUUUAGCUGAGGAGGAGAAACAAGAGAGGGAGAUUCAGAAGCAGAUUGAGAGAGCUGCUGAGAAGUUGAAUGCUGGUGGUGGUGAAGGCGAAAGCAGUGGUAAAGAAGAUGAUGAUGAGAAGAAAAAAGAUGAAGACUUGAGGUUGAAGAGUGGAGUUAAGGUUGGAUUUGCUCUUGGUGGAGGUGUUAAACAGGCUGCUACGGGUAAAGAGAGAGGGGAAAGCUCGAAACUUGUGUUUGGGGAUGAAGAGAAUGAGAAGGUUGAGAGAGGGGAGAAGAGGAAGAGAAGCGGGGAUUUGGGGAGGAGCGAGAAGGACAGAAGAUCAGCUUUGGAUGAGUUGAUGAAGGAGGAAGAGAAUAAGAAGGAGAGGAUGAAUCGUAAAGACUACUGGUUGUUCGAAGGGAUAAUUGUGAAGGUGAUGAGUAAAGCUUUGGCAGAGAAAGGGUAUUAUAAGCAAAAGGGUGUUGUGAAGAAAGUGAUUGAUAAGUAUGUGGGGGAGAUUGAAAUGCUUGAUUCUAAGCAUGUGCUGAGAGUUGAUCAAGUGGAGCUAGAGACUGUGCUUCCACAAAUAGGAGGGAUAGUGAAGAUAGUGAAUGGGGCAUAUCGUGGUUCGAAUGCAAAGUUGUUGGGUGUGGAUACGGAGAAGUUCUGUGCUAAAGUGCAGAUCGAGAAAGGUGUCUAUGAUGGAAGAGUCAUCAAGUCCAUUGAGUACGAGGACAUAUGCAAACUUGCUUAGUUAAAAUAUCUUUAGACGAAAUCAGGUUUUACGAUGUCUUGAACGUUAUCUUUUAUCUGCAAGUGAAGCAUUAUGAUUCCUGAUGGAUAGCCUCAUGACCAAGGUACUGCAGAUGAUUCUAUUUCAGACAUGUUAUUGACUUGAAUAUAUGGGUUUGUCACUGGUUUACUUUUAUGUCAUGUAUGGCUACUGUAGUGUCUUUGAGAAAUCUUGUGAUGUUUUGGUUGUGCUUUUGCAAACGAAGCUUGAAUCAAAUAACUUCUGAGAU